AUGUCUAUCGCCGUUUGUUGCAUCCCGAUACCAAACUCCACACAAAUCAGCAUGCUCUUUCGCUGUACGAAUCCAGAAGGCUGGAGACUGGUGACCUGGUACUACGAUCUCAGUCCUUGUGUCACACAGACAGCCAUCUUUGUGCUGCCAAGUAUAGUGGCUUUCACCUUAGGCAGUCACACUCUCUACCAUUUCAGCAAGUACAGCAAACGAGACCGGCCCUACCGAUGGCAGUACUCGAUCACCUGGGACUACUACACCAAGCAAUCAUUAACAGUCCUACAACAAGUCAUUGCAUUGAUCAUUCCAUUGAUCUCACCCUUUGCAUCUGGGGAUAUUCGAAACUGGGCGCCACUGGCCCUUCUAGUCGCCACAUACAUCACCUUUCUCACCCAAAAAUACGAAUCGGAACUUGGGAAACCCGCAUCGACCUCAGUGCUACUGUUCUGGCUGUUUGAAGCCGCCUUUGUGAUCCUCUCUUGCUACGGAUGGGUGAUUCGACGGAUCUACGGCGCCAAACAGGCUGGAAGCUCGUUUAUUCUCAUUAUCGCUCUCCUAGGAGUCAUUUCAACUGUCAUGAUCUACCUGGAAUCUCAGGUCUACGAGCCUGUCACAACUAAACUGGAAGAUGAAGAAAUGGAAGAUGAAGAGGAGGCUGCCGAAUCGGAACCCCGUGAAUCAUUCUCACGAGUAUCCCCAUACGACUCGGCCCACAUCUUGUCACGGGCCUACUGCUCCUGGAUCUCUCCAUUCCUCAAACUGGGAAACAAGAGACCCCUCAAACUGACUGAUCUGCCUCCACCCCCAGAGUUUGUCAAGGCUGAGGGCCUGUACAAGGAAUGGGUGUCUAGAGGAUGGUCCCGUGAUGGAUCACUCCUAUACGCGCUGAUUGUCCAGUUCUUCCCCACUUACCUCACAUGUGCAAUGUUCUACCUCAUCAGCACAUUCACUCCCUUCAUCCAACCCUUCUUGCUGCGAUCACUCAUUAUAUUUGUGGGGGAGUAUCUCGAGGAGGGAAGUAUUGUUCCUCUUUCUCGUGGAAUUUCUCUCAUCUUUGUCAUGAUUCUCACCCAGCUCAUGUCAUCUCUUCUCUCGAUCAAGGGCUUUCUGUUGACCCAAGCUUUGCAGACAAAACUCAACUCCACCAUGACUUCUCUGAUCCAUGCCAAGGCUCUGUCUUUGAGUGCCGAAUCCGUGUCCGAGCACUCCAUCGGUGAGAUCCUGACUCUCAUGACCACCGAUAUCUAUCGGAUUUCAGCAGCUAUCGAGUCCUUCGAUACCAUCUGGAAGGCCCCCCUUGAAGUCUUUCUGUGUUGGUCUUCAAUGUACUUCCUCAUUGGAAAUGCCAUGUGGCUCGGAAUUAUUGUCAUGUGCGCGCUUUUACCCAUUACAGCAAUCAUCUCAAAGGUCCGGUUCCGACUACUUAAGCAACUACGUAAAGUUCGUGCAAAGAGAUAUGAUGCAACUAACGACUCUAUCAUCAACAUCAAGUCUAUCAAACUCUACUCUUGGGAAGCGCUGUUUGCUGACAAGGUCUUAGCAUUGAGAUCGGGCCAGGAAGUGGCCAAGCUCAGACAAAUUGUGCUUAUUAAGAACAUUGAAAAGUUCAUCUGGAAGACCGCCACGAGCUUUUCCUCGGCAGCGGCCUUUGCAUGGUAUGUCCUCGUGAUGCAUAAGGAUCUCACCACUGAGAUUGCAUUCCCUGCCUUGUCGCUUUUUGGCAUCUUGCUGGGCCCCUUUGGAGAACUUCCUUAUGUUCUAAAUCAGUUUAGUGAAGCCAAGAUUGCUCUGGACAGAAUUGAAGAAUAUCUGAGAGCUGGAGAGGUGCAGAAAGGGUUGAUUGAGGAUGAUGGGUCUGAGUCUCACGACCAAACUGUCACCACCACGCCAGAAGUGGUGCUUAAAAAUUGUUCCUUCACGUGGGACCGAAAGCAUGAAAUUCCCCUUCUGAAAGACAUCUCCAUGAACUGUUCUCCUGCUACUCUCACUUGCAUUGUUGGACGAGUUGGUUCGGGUAAGACUGGUCUACUCAUGUCCAUCUUGGGUGAGACUUUCAAGAAAAGUGGAACACUCACUACCUCCGGAUCAAUGGCAUACGUAUCUCAGCAGCCGUGGAUUUUUAACGCAACCGUUCGAGACAACAUUCUAUUUGGCAGCAAAUAUGACCAGGAGGUGUACGAACAUGUCAUCGACGCAUGUGCGUUGUCACAUGAUUUGGAACUGUUGCCCGAUGGAGACUUGACUGAGGUUGGUGAGAAAGGUAUCUCGCUUUCAGGAGGCCAGAAGGCUCGUCUAGCUCUGGCAAGAGCCGUUUACUCUCGUGCCGAUAUCAUCAUCCUUGACGAUGUCCUUGCUGCUGUCGAUGAGCACGUUCAGAGUCAUCUGAUUCGCAACGUGGUUGGCCAAAAUGGCUUGCUGAGCGGAAAGACUCGAAUCCUCGCAACCAACACGGUUGGUGUGUUGAAACAGGCAGAUCACGUGAUCUGGCUCGACGAUGGUCACUUGGUGGAAGAGGGUAAGUACGAUGAUCUGAUGAAGUCCAACGGACGGCUGACUAAGCUGGUGGAUGAGUAUCAUCGAGAGUCUCCUGGCACCGAGGCCACUGCGGUCGAGGCUAUCGACUCUACUGUCGAGGUUGAAGAGUUGAAGGAUGAUGGUGACGAGGAUGAUGAAGAGCCCAAGGAAGUGACGGAAGAGCCUGUGUCCAGAGAUUCUCCUACUCCAUUCAACUUUAUGCUUCGGCGCGCUUCCACCUUGUCUCAUUUCUCUACCGACAACAUUCCUCUGAGAGAAGAUGUGCGACGAACUCGUAUCUCAGACGAAGUUACAGCUUUUGGAAAGGUCAAAUCAAGUGUAUUCUACAAGUUCUUUGCUGCCUGUGGUCUACAUAACGUUGCACUGUUCCUCUUCUUCACUGUUCUAGCCAACAUGGCUGGAGUCGGAUCAACUUUGUGGCUGAAGAAAUGGGGAGAAGAAGGUAGUGCCCACCUUGGACAUAUGGUGAGAAUGACUUCCCAGUUUUUCAGUCAUACUGUUUGGAAAGAGAGCAAACCAGAACAGCAGCUCAUGGAAAUGUCUCAUAGCUUGUCAUUCACGUUCCCUGCGCUGUCUCAGGCUAACUUUGCUCUUGUCUAUUUCCUUCUUGGACUAACGUCUGGUCUGUUCACUUUGAUUGGCUCGGUUGUAUGGUUCUCAUAUGGCUCAAUUGCCGCUUCGCAGAACUUGUUCAAGACCAUGCUAGCUGCUGUUCUGGCGUCUCCAAUGUCCUUCUUCGAGAGCACUCCUAUUGGCCGUAUCACAAACAGAUUUUCCAGUGACAUCUCUACUCUGGACCACGUGAUUCCCUUCCAGAUUGAGGCAUUCAUUGGAGGUGCCUUCGGGGCCCUGGCUUCUAUUCUCGUCAUUGCAUGGACUACACCAGUGUCUUUGUGCAUAAUUCUCCCUACACUUAUCAUCUAUCGACGAACACAACUGUAUUAUGUCAGCAGUGCUCGGCAGGUGCGUCGAAUCGCCUCGUCGGCAGGCAGCCCUGUGAUCAGUCAUUUCCAGGAGUGUCUCACUGGUCUCAGUAAUGUCCGUGCCUUUGGCAAAAGCUCGUGGUUCAAGACCAAAAUUACGAGUCUUAUGGACACCAAGACCAAAACGCAGUUCAUCUCGUACUCAUUGUCUUCGUGGCUUACUCUGCGACUUGGAUUGGUUGGAGCUCUGGUUGUGGGAAGUGUUGGACUCGGCCUGAUUGGAGGAGUGCGUCUUUCUCGUGACACGGAUGGACCCAAGUGGACUCCUUCGGGCCAUGUGACAGCUGGAACAGUGGGUUUGGCUAUGACGUAUGCUCUACGAGUUGCCUCUUCUCUUAGUCGGUUGGUACGACUCUUGAUUCGAAUGGAAACCCAGAGUGUUGCUGUCGAGCGGGUCAUUGAGUAUUGUGAGCUUCCCCCCGAGGGUCUUACCGAGGGUUCUUCCACUGAACAAUCUCUAGCUCCCAAUUCAGAAGCCCAUAUUACGUUCGACAACUACUCCACACGGUACAGGCCCCAUCUAGAUCUCAUUCUCAAGGACCUUUCUUUCUCCAUUGCGCGUCAGGAGAAAAUCGGCGUGGUUGGACGAACAGGAGCUGGAAAAAGCUCCCUUACCCUCGCACUCUUUCGAAUCAUCGAGGCGGCUGGAGGAGCCAUCAAGAUUGACCAAGGAGACAUCUCGUUACGCAAACUGGAGUCUCUUCGAUCCGGUCUCUCUAUCAUUCCUCAAGAUGCUCAAAUAUUUGAGGGCUCGCUGAGAGACAAUUUGGAUCCCAGACAGGAGUAUGACGACCAGCAGUUGUGGUCUGUGUUGAAGCUCUCCCUUCUGGAGGAAUUUGUGUCUCGAUCAUCUGAAGGGUUAGACAUGAAGGUUGCGGGUGGCGAGGCCGGCGGAGGAGGAAACCUUUCUGUAGGCCAGAAGCAGCUCAUUUGUUUGGCUCGGGCGCUGCUCAACCCCAGUCCUAUUCUUGUGCUUGAUGAGGCAACUGCUUCGGUUGACAUUGAGACUGACGCACACAUUCAACGGACCAUCAGAACCGAAUUCAAGCACAAGACGAUCAUAACCAUUGCCCACAGACUCAACACAGUCAUUGACAGUGACAAGAUUCUGGUGCUUGAUCAGGGACGGGUGGUGGAGUUUGAUUCGCCUCAGAACCUGCUGGAGAAGGAAGGAGGACAUUUUUGGAAACUCUGCAAGCAAGCAGGUUUGGCAUGA